AUGGAAAGGUUUCUGGUGUCACAGUGGAAAUUUGCAAUGAAGCCACAAAUUUACUACCAUAAUGAAGAUUACUUUGUGAUUGGAUUCCAGAACUUGGAGGAGAGAAAUGAGGUAUUGUACUCGAGGCCUCACACUAUUAACAGCCGACCAGUAAUAAUGAAAGCUUGGACUCCAGAUUUCAAUCUAUACGAGGAAGUUUUAAAUACUAUUCCAUUAUGGAUUAAGUUACCAAACUUGCCUCUUAAUUGUUGGACCAUGAAGUCUUUUAGCAAGAUUGGUAGUGCGCUUGGCAACCCUCUAUAUGCAGAUGAUUGUACAACUAGCUCUGCUAGAAUAUCAUAUUCUAGGCUAUUUGUGGAGAUGGAUGUUACAAGACCCUUGCCGAAAAGUGUUAAAGUACAAGAUCCCAAUGGUGGAGCAUUUAAACAAGAGGUUGCGUAUGAAUGGGAACCUGCUUACUGUGUUACUUACCUAAAAAUUGGGCAUACUUAUGCUCUUGAGAAUAACCAAAAACCCCGAAUUCACCCCGCGGGAAGAAGAAAUGACAGACCUAAGCUAGCUUGGAGGAAUAAGGAAACAUGA